CCUCCAUCAACCAUCUCUCUCAGUGACAACGACGGAGUCCGACAACGACACACUCAUCACUUAUGGCGCCCAGAAUUCUGCUAUGCGGUGAUCCUCUUGGACGUCUCAAUCAGCUCUUCAAGCGUGUCCAAUCGGUUAGCAAAUCGGCAGGUCCAUUUGACGCUCUUCUUUGCGUCGGCCAGUUUUUCCCCGAUUCUCCGGAGCUUCUAGACGAGUUUUUGGAUUACGUCGAAGGUCGAGCUCAGGUCCCGAUUCCUACUUACUUCACCGGCGACUAUGGCGUCGCCGCCCCCAAAAUCCUAUCGGCGACCUCUAGGAAAGCUGAAAAUCAAGGGUUCAAGAUGGACGGGCUCGAGGUUUCCCACAAUUUGUUUUGGUUAAGAGGAAGUGGCAAGUUCACUCUCCAUGGUCUGUCUGUUGCUUACUUAUCUGGUAGGCAAUCAUCUGAAAGCCAAUAUGGGAAAUACAGUCAAGAUGAUGUUGAUGCUCUUCGUGCACUUGCUGAAGAAUCUGGAGUGGUUGAUUUGUUCUUAACUAAUGAAUGGCCUGCGGGAGUCAAGAACAGAGCUGCGGCUUCUGAUAUACCUGCAGAUGUUUCUGAUUCAUCUUGCAGUGAUUCCACUGUUUCUGAAUUGGUGAAGGAAGUUAAACCCCGCUACCACAUUGCAGGAUCUAUGGGGGUAUUUUAUGCUCGUGAACCUUACCUAAACGCUGAUUCUAAUCAUGUAACUCGGUUUCUUGGUCUUGCUCAAGUUGGAAACAAAAACAAACAGAAAUUUCUCCAUGCACUAUCUCCUACACCAACGUCUAUCAUGUCACCAUCAGAGCUUAAUGCAAGGCCUCCAAACACUACACUAUGUCCUUAUAAUUUACAAGAGGGAGCUAAUGAGUCGAAGAAGAGGUCAAACGAAAGUGUCGUAGAUUCACAAUAUUGGAGGUAUGAUGUCUCAAAGCGGCAAAAGAAUGGAUCUGAAGGGGAAAAGCUCUGUUUCAAAUUUGUAUGCUCAGGGUCCUGUCCUCGUGGGGAAAAUUGCCAUUUCCAACACAACGCCGAAGCAAGAGAACAGUGUCGUAGAGGUGUUUGUCUUGAUCUUAUCAUCAAAGGGAAGUGUGAAAAAGGCCCAGAGUGCAGCUACAAGCAUGAGUUUCAAGAUGAAAGUAUACAAAGGAAGCCCAGAUCUGAAAAUGCUAACAGGUCGAGAGAAUGCUGGUUUUGUCUUUCAAGCCCGAGUGUGGAGUCACAUUUGAUCGUCAGUGUUGGGGAAAGUUUUUACUGUGCUCUACCCAAAGGUUCACUAGUCGACGACCACAUAUUGAUAAUCCCGAUCGAACAUUUGCCCAAUACUCUGGUUUUAUCUCCUGAAGGUGAAUCAGAGCUUGGUAGAUACAAAAAUAGUCUGAGAAAUUGUUAUAAGAAUCAAGGAAAUGAUGCAGUUUUCUUUGAGUUGGUCUCCAAACGUGUUUCUCAUGCCAACCUUCAGGUUGUUCCUGUUCCAUCAUCCAGAGUUCGUCUUCUUCCUAAAAUAUUUAGUCUGGCGGCUGAAAAACUGGGUUUUAAGCUUGUGACAAAAAAGUUUAGUGAUAGUUCUGAGGGCAGAAAAUAUCUGCAGAAGGAAUACAAUGCAGAUUUGGGGCUCUUCUAUGUGGAACUUCCUGAUGGAACUGUCUUAUCACACACCCUGGAAGAGAACGAAGUAUUCCCUGCGCAAUUUGGACGUGAGGUUCUAGCAGGGUUGCUAAAGAUCCCAGACAGGGCCGACUGGAGAAACUGUAAGAUUAACCAAGAAGAGGAGGCAAAGCUGGCUGAAGAAUUUAAGAAACAAUUUCAAGAAUUUGACCCUUGCCAAUAACUUUAUUGAACAAAAGUUAUAUUUAGAUGUUAUCUUGUGCGCAUCGAUCAAGAUUAACUCAGUGUCCAUUGCACUCAGGUCGGAAGCUGAAUCAUGCAAUGCAUCCUCAUAGAAAGCUUCGUUUGUCUCUUCAUCUUUAGAAACAGGUUCAUCAACAGUGUUCUUUAUUUUGGCUAACUAAAAGAUAACACUCUUCUAUCAGUUUCCUUAGUAAUUUCGUUGAAAAUGUUACUCUUUUGUUGUAAACACUUUAUUUGACAUAUUUCUGUUUUUUUUUUCCUUAAAGAGAGUAAUCACCACAGAAGCAUUCGCUCGACCUGUUUUCACCUCAACUAGUCAUUGUCCUUGGUGCUUUUUAUUUUUCUUGCUGGUUGUUAAAAAAAA